AUGUCUGCAGAGCCGCCAAAAGAAGCAAAGGAAGAUGUAUUCGUCAAAGUGUACAGUCUCACCACAGCACCCAAACAGGGUCAAGACGGCGAUACGUCUGUUGCUAUCGGCCGCAUGGCUGUAACGACUCUCAAAUUCGCAGACGAGGCUUCAACAUUCCAGUCCCGUAUCACGCUGGCUGAAAUAAGAACCAAGAUAAACGAAGCUCUGAGCAGUGAACAGACGUUCAAGUUUUGCGCCGACGAUUAUUCCCUCGUUCCUGAAGAUGUCACCCUCGAGACAUACAAGAAGAUGAUGCGUAGUAGUGCCAUGCGCGAAGCCAAAAUCCCUACUGUUUUGAUCGCCCCAACCUCUGAACCUGCUUCUAGCCAAAGCGCUGCUCUGAAGGAUUCAUUUAUCAUGAAGUUUAUUCAAGUUGGGGAUAACCCUGAAAAUGCUAAAAAUGUCGGAUCGCUUCAUGCAUCGGCUUUCAAAGGCAAGGAUCCAUCAACAAUGCUCUUGGGAGAGUUGCGACGCCUGAUCGGGAAGAUGUCCGCAGAUCCAAAAAUGCACACGUUCUGUUCUCUCGAUGGCACAGCAGCUGGAGAUGAAUUGACCUUGCAGAAGUACCUCGCUCUGGAUAAUGCAAAGGUUGACCCAUCUGACGGCACACCAGCUAUACUAAUACGCUAUCGAAGUAGUGAUGCAAAGGUCUCUGCCGCUGCUUCUAAAUUCCAUGGUGCUAGCCAAGAUGUCUUGCAGGCUAUGGAACAAAUGAAGCCUGACCUCAGCUUCAAAGACAGAUCGGCAGAGGAGAUGCAUGCCGAUACGACAGCUCUGCAGGUCCAGGAAAAUCUACGUGCUUCUGACAUCGCUGCACGCGAGGCAUCCCCACUCAAAUACACGAGUCAAAUGGACGAAGCCGAUUGGGACUCGGUGCUAAGGAACUGUUGCCUAUUAUAUGGCUGGAAAGUCGAUAAGGGGACAAAAAGGAUUGUGCGAGCCACCACCCCGGCCUUCCGACUUAGAAACAAGCUGCCACCGAGACCGAUAGCCUUUCCUGCUCCUGCUAUUCAACAGCCAGUGAUAUCUCCAGAAACCUCAACCGAGACAUCUGUAGCAUCAACACCCGGCACUGACAAGUCCCCGGAUACUUCGGGAGACGCCUCGGCUGAAGGACAAGAAACUGAGGGAGCCGUCAAAACCGAGAAACCAACAAUCACAGAGAAUUCUGAAGCAGCUGUCGACAUAGACAAGCCACUCACCGCAGAAGAUGUGGAGGCGCCCAUUCCAACAAAGCUCGGGGCAAUUCCAUCAUAUGCAAUCAAUGACAGAUCUAGAAUCGAGAUAACGAUGGUCAGCAACGAGUUCCAGGAAUCAAUGGCCAGAAAUCAUUUCAGUGCGUCUUCGGUGGAAGCUUCUGCUUCUGGAGGCUGGAGUGGCUACUCAGUAGGUGUCACAGGCGGCGCUGCCCAAGAAAACACUUCUGGUGGAACGAAGACCCAAAAGGGUUAUGCAAAACGAAUGUUUGGAAGCUACAUGUUCCCUCGCGUUGAUGUCUUCCUGAGACCAGAAGAUCUAGAGCCAACUGAGGAGCUUCGUGCAGCUCUUGACGGUAUCAAGCAGACCAAGAACAUUAACGCUCUCCGAGAGCUUUAUAGUACCUUUGGACACCUUUUCUGUCAUUCAGUCACUCUUGGAGGCUGCCUCCAGACGACCAAGGUUGUUGAGAGUGAUGAAGCUGUCCAGCAGAGCAAAGAUAAGCAGUCCUUCAAAGCACAACUGGGAGUUGCUGUUUCCACUCCAUUCGGGGCCAAAGGAAACGUCAAAGGGUCCAAGGAGAGCCAAGACGGUGGAGAAAGUCACAGCAGAAGUGCGAAAGCGAACGAGAGUAUGGGAUUUGAGGCUACUGGCGGAAACUCCAUCCUCGCAGCAGACCCACCGGCCUGGAGUGGCUCUGUCGCAAACUUCAACAACUGGCGUAUCAUUGAGCAGACUGAACUGACACCGAUUGUUGACGCUAUCUCAAAGAUGACCGGAUAUCGCGAAACUAGGUCCUGGUUCUUUGCUGCGGCACCUAAGCUCAGUGAAUACAUGGUCAUUCCCGAAUCGAGGAUGCUGCAUGUCCGGUUCAAGGUUGCCAGCCAGAACGAGAGUUUUGGCGUCAUAUCUCAGAAGAAGAUACCGGCUUAUCUUGGACAUCGCCCAAACGAGUCGGUAACACCAGUUCGCACGAAUCUUAGAGUCCCAGAUCAACCCCCGAAGGAAGCAUUCCGGAACGGACCAUUCGGGCUUAUUGGCGACAUGACCAAGAUUACGGCUCAGAACCCUGGUGCUUCUACUACUCCACUAUUUGAGCCAAACAGGACUCAAACACCAAUCUUGAUGUUUCCGUCCGGAGCAGAGCUUGGGACCAAAACAGAUAAUGCAUUCAGUCAUGUAGUAUGGCGGUUAGAGAUCGCUAGAGGGCAUAGCAUCGGCCCUGAUACGCUACUAUGCAUCAAAUCAGCUGCAUUGCCGAAGGCUGAUCUAGCCUUAACGGUAUACCGUAAUGCGCAAGGAGUGUAUCUUCCGUCCAUCAGCAGCACAGACGAACCCUGCUACUGGAGACUGGAACCCGCCGAAACUUCCGGAAUAUCCAGAAUGAAAGGCGAUCGUUACAAAUUCGGCGACUCCUUCAGACUUACCUGGUCAUUCUCCGAUCAAACAAGCGGUUUCCGCGACUUUGUUGAUGAUUCGUAUGGUCGACGCAACUUGACUCGGCCGUCUGAUAUCAAGAGCGAUAAGUUAUGCUUGAAGGUUCCCUUCCCACGGUUCGAAAGCAUGUCAUCAGAUUAUAUGGCAGUACUCAUGUCGCCUGCCUUGACAACGGAUCCGAUAAUUGAGAAGAUCAAGGUCCUCGAUGGAUUCAACCAAGAAAAGACUUACAACUUUCAUGAUCUGACGUUUCGGGUUGAUCUAGUUGGUAAUGAUGGCAACGGCGAUAAGAAUGACUACGCAAAUCUUGCGGCCACGACCUGGGAGGAGUUAGACAAGAAGCUAACGCCGGGAGAAAAGUUGUUGGGAAACAUACUUGGACCUUCUCCGAUGGUUAUUGAUGGCGUUUUGGGGGGUAUGGAGUUUACUCGCUGGUGA